GUUCACAUGAUUUCAAGUCUACCAACAUUUCAACUUUCUGUCCAACAGCAAUUUUCAGAUUUCCUCGAUGACUUAAGCAGGCUAAGCACAUCUGACUACCAACCAAAUGAACAAGACGUGUUGCGAACCCGCGUGAAAACUACCGGCAUCACCGAAGUGCUGUUCGAAUUGAAAGGCCUGACUUUCCGGGUAACCGAUGUCGGUGGCCAAAGGUCAGAGCGUAAAAAGUGGAUCCAUUGUUUCGACAACGUAAAUGCGAUCAUAUUCAUCUCUUCUCUUAGCGAAUACGACCAAACUCUUAGAGAAGACAACUUUACGAAUAGGAUGCAGGAGUCGCUGAAGUUGUUCGAUUCGAUCUGCAACAGUCCGUGGUUCACCGAAAUUCAUUUCAUUCUUUUCCUGAACAAAAAGGAUUUGUUUUCGGAGAAGGUACGCCGGUCGCCGCUAACCCUCUGCUUCCCUGAAUACAAAGGGCAGCAGAACUACAGCGAGUGCGUCAAUUACAUCCAGUGGAAGUUCGAACAGGUGAAUCGAAACAAUCAGCGGGAGAUCUAUUGUCACCAUACGUGUGCGACCGACACGAACAACGUACAGUUCGUGCUGGACGCCUGUUUAGACAUGAUCAUCGCUAAGAACCUGAAAAGCAUGGGAUUGUGUUGA